AGUCGGCAUGUCAGCCUGGACAGUACGGACGAGAGUGUGAGCACAGGUGUAACUGUGCUGGGAAUCAGUCUUGCUUCGUGAGUACUGGAGGAUGUCCUUCUGGCUGUGCUGCCGGCUUCCAGGGAGAGGACUGCGGGACACAAUGCCUGCACUUUUAUUGGUGCAAAGUCGGCUUUCGAUGUGACACAGGCAUCUAUGGUCUAGGGUGUCAGUCGUCCUGUAGCCAGUUCUGUGUGAGAGACAAUGAUACCAGAACAGACUUCUGUGACAACACUAAUGGAGCAUGCCUCUAUGGAUGUCAGGAUGGUUAUCAGGGCCCCAAUUGUACUAAAGUUGAUGAGAACGAUGUUGUUGUGGUUGUAGUCGUUGCUGUGGUUUCCCUGAUUGUGGUGAUCAGUUCCAUAAUUGUGGUCAUCCUUGUCU